CCCUGGUCCUCGCGUGAGCUUCUAACGCACAAAGCGUGGAUCCCGCAGACAUGAAGGGGGGAGGUGCGCUCCUCAAGAGCGUCACGCUGUUUUUGGGGGGUCGGAGAGGGUCGCGCGGCCCCUCCACCUCCCAGCCGCCCCCAAGCUCUCCUCGCCGCCCUCAGCAGUCUCCUGGCCACCCCCAGCAGCAAGGCACGGGCCGCAAACCUCGCAAGAUGGGGGACGACAAGACCCCGAGACAACAAGCACUUAACAGCAAACAGACAAGUGCUAAAGUGCUUGACCACCUCAAGAAACAGACUCACUUCUCCAGACAAGAGAUAGAAGCCCUCAGCAAGGUUUACAAGAAGCUGCUUGAGUCACACACCCUGAACGGACCCGUGCCUGCCGUCACCUCCAACCUCCCGUCCAUGCAGCCUAGCAUCGUCAAAGGCGAGGGCCUGGACCGCAUGGUGUUCCGCGAACUGCUGCACAACACCUUCGACGUGGUCACCGAGGAGGUCCUCAUGGACCGCAUCUUCUGCGCCUUCGACCGCUGCAAUGUAGGAGUCAUCCGCCUGGAGGAGUGGGUCUGUGGACUCUCAGGCUUCCUGCGAGGCUCUCACGACGAGAAGACGGCCUUCGCCUUCUUCGUCUACGACCUUAACAGCGACGGGUUCAUCAGCAGAGAGGAGAUGUUCCACUUGCUGAGGAACAGUCUCGUGAAGAGUCCCCAGGACGAGGACCCGGACGAAGGAGUCAGAGACCUGGUAGAGCUCGCUCUCCGGAAGAUGGACUACGACCGGGACGGCAAGAUCUCCUUCCAGGACUUCAAGACUGCGGUGACCGAAGAACCUCUUCUGCUGGAGGCUUUCGGGCAAUGUCUGCCCGCGGACACAGCAUGUCAAACGUUCUUGUCUACACUGCAGUGUUGAGUGGAGGACGUGCUGAGGAUUUGCUGAAGACGAGAGGGUAGAGUGAUGAUAAAGGAUGAAGUGCUGAAGUCCAUGGUUGGAAUGAAUGAAAAGCUAAUGAUGUCUUAAGAAGGUGUGAAAUAGAGCGGCGAAGAAGUGGGAGGCCUAAAGAAUUAUUGGAUUGAGGCCACUAUAGCUUUAGGAAAUCAAGAAAGCUUG